AAUUUGAAAGAUCAAAGAAUGGCUCUCCAGUGCCCUGAAGGGUUAAAUCUAAUCUUCACUGGGUUUACUAUAUAUAUAAUCUCUUUCGAAGAAUAUUGAUCUGAACUCAACAGCCUCAAUACCAUUUUCAAGUUAAGUGAGUUUGUGUGAAAAAAAAUUCAUAACAUGGAAGGGAAAGUUUUCACAGAAGAGCAGGAAACAUUGGUGGCCAAGUCAUGGGGUGUGAUGAAGAAGAAUUCUGCUGAAUUGGGUCUUAAAUUCUUCCUGAAGAUAUUUGAAAUUGCACCAUCAGCUCAGAAGCUGUUCUCUUUCUUGAAGGACUCUGAUAUUCCUCUGGAGAAGAACCCAAAGCUCAAGCCCCAUGCUAUUUCUGUCUUUGUUAUGACUUGUGAAUCAGCCGUUCAACUCCGGAAAUCAGGCAAAGUCACAGUGAGAGAAUCAACCUUGAAAAGAUUAGGUGGAGUACACUUCAAAUCUGGAGUGGUCGAUGAACAUUAUGAGGUCACUAAGUUCGCAUUGUUAGAAACCAUAAAAGAAGCAGUGCCAGAAAUGUGGUCACCAGAGAUGAAAAAUGCAUGGGGAGAAGCUUAUGAUCAGUUGGUUGCUGCUAUAAAAGCAGAAAUGAAGCCCUCCCCUUGAAUUAAACACUUCUUCAAUACAAUCUCAGCUCUUGCUUCAUUUGGAAAUUUUACAUGAUGGAAAUAAUGUACAGAAGGUUUGCAUCAGGGAAUGUGCCUUUGUUAAUUUUGUUUGAGUGUUUGUUAUUUUCUUAACCUUUUCUUUUAAAUGAACUUUUGUGAGUUUGAUUUUUUAAAUAAGAUUCACUGGGUUGUAAGCUCA